UCCAGGGGAGCUUCAAAGGAUCCGUUCUGAAUUUGUGGAGAGAGUCUCAGGCCCAGUUAUCAAAAGUCUCCUGGAUGACCUUUGUCAGCAGAAGGUGUUCAGUAAAUUAGAAAUGGACGAAGUGAUUGAGGACCAGAGGAUCACAGCGGACCGAGCACGUUGUCUGAUCGACAUGGUGAUGAGGAAAGGGGAGAGAGCAAGUCAAGCGAUGAUUGAUAGUAUGAAGAAGAGGGACGAACACUUAUGCUCCACCCUGGGUCUGAUGUCUUCUCCUGCUGGUGUGGGAUCUGCUGCUGUCGAGUGCAAAAAAAAAAUCAAGUCUAUUUUAAAGAAUAAGUUAUUUCGUGUGCUUGAGGGAAUCGCUAAAGAACAUUCAACACCUCUGAAUGACAUCUACACAGAGAUCUUCAUCACAGAGAAAGGCAGUGGAGAGGUUAACCAGGAACAUGAGGUCAGACAGAUUGAAACAGCUUCCAGGAAACCAGUCAAGCAGGAAACACAAAUCAAAUGUGGAGACAUCUUUAAACCCUUACCUGGACAAGAUCAACCAAUCAGAACAAUUUUGACAACUGGAGUGGCCGGCAUUGGUAAAACCAUCUUAACACACAAGUUCACUCUGGACUGGGCUGAAGGCAAAUCCAACCAAGAGAUAGACUUCACGUUUCUCCUAACUUUCAGAAAGUUGAAUUUACUAAAAGGGGAAGAGGUUAGCCUAGUGAAACUUCUUAAUCACUUCUUUAUUGAGACCAUAGAUGCUGAAAUAUGCAGAUACGACCAGUUCCAAGUUGUCUUCAUCUUAGAUGGUCUGGAUGAGUGUCAAUUUCCUCUGAAAUUCCAGUCCACCCCGGUCUUGACUGAUGUCACAAAGUCCACCUCGUUGGACGUGCUGCUGACCAACCUCAUCAGGGGUGACCUGCUUCCCUCCGCUCGCAUCUGGAUAACCACACGCCCUGCGGCAGCCAAUCAGAUCCCUGAUGAGUUUGUUGGCAUGGUGACAGAGGUGAGAGGGUUCACCAACCAACAGAAGGAGGAGUACUUCAGGAAGAGAUUCAGAGACGAGAAGCUGGCCAACGCAAUCAUCUCCCACAUCAAGAAAUCACGAAGCCUCCACAUCAUGUGUCACAUCCCGGUCUUCUGUUGGAUCACUGCUACAGUUCUGGAAAAAUCCCAGAUAGGAGAAGAGACACCCAAGACCUUGACUCAGAUGUACAGCCACUUCCUGAGGGUUCAGUGCAUACAGGAGGACAGGAAGCAUGGGAGAACUGAAACAGAUCAACAGUGGACUUCACAGAGCAGGAAGAUCAUUGUUUCUCUGGGAAAACUGGCAUUUAACCAGCUGGAGAAAGGCCACUUGAUCUUCUAUGAGGCAGACCUGGCAGAGUGUGACAUCGAUAUCAGAGCAGCCUCAGUGCACUCAGGAAUGUUCACCCAGAUCUUUAAAGAGGAGUGUAAGCUGUACCAGGAAAAAGUGUUCUGCUUUGUCCACCUGAGCAUCCAGGAGUUUCUGGCUGCCCUUUAUGUCUUUAUGUCAUUCAUCAACGAUGGGGUCAAUCUGCUCUCAGGACCACAAAAAUCCCUGCGUCCUUCUUUUCUUAAAAAGAAAGAAAAUGUCAAACUCUACCAGAUUGCUGUGGACAAGGCCUUACAGAGUGAGAACGGACACCUGGACUUGUUCCUCCGCUUCCUCCUGGGCCUCUCUCUGGAGACCAAUCAGAUUUACCUAAAAUGUCUGCUGGGAAAAACAGUAAGUAGCUCAAAAACCAGUAAGGAAAUGGGCUCUUACAUCACGGAGAAGAUAGGUGGAGAUCUUUCUACAGAGAAAAGAAUCAAUCUAUUCCACUGUCUGAAUGAGCUUAACGACCGUUCUCUAGUGGAGGAGAUCGAACAGUACCUGACAUCAGGAAGACUCUCCAAAAAAUCUCUCUCUCCUGCUCAGUGGUCAACUCUGGUCUUCAUCUUACUGUCGUCAGACGAGGAGCUGGACGUGUUUGACCUGAAGAAAUACUCUGCUUCAGAGGAGGGUCUUCUGAGGCUGCUGCCAGUGGUCAAAGCCUCCAAAACAUCUCUGCUAAAUGGCUGUCGUCUGUCAGAGAGAUGCUGUAAAGCUUUUGCCUCAGUACUCAGCUCCAAGUCCUCUCGUCUGAGAGAGCUGGAACUGAGUACCAAUGAUCUGCAGGAUUCAGGAGUGAAGCUGCUCUCUGCUGGACUGGGGAGUCCACACUGUACACUGGAAACUCUCAGCCUCAAUGGCUGUCAUCUGUCAGAGAGAUGCUGUGAAGCUCUGGCCUCAGUUCUCAGCUCCAAGUCCUCUAGUCUGAAAAAGCUGGACCUGAGUACCAAUGAUCUGAAGGAUUCAGGAGUGAAGCUGCUCUCUGCUGGACUGGGGAGUCCACACUGUACACUGGAAACUCUCAGGUCAGUUGUCAGCCUCUUCUUCAAACUGGUUAUUCUAGCUUCCAGUAAGUGCUGCUCCUGCCUCAUUUCUGUUGCUCUUUUCUCUGCUGACAAAACCCUCCCUGGUUCUACACAAUGUGCUCUGGCCUCAGUUCUCAGCUCCAACUCCUGUUGUCUGAGAGAGCUGGAUCUGAGUACCAAUGAUCUGCAGGAUUCAGGAGUGAAGCUGCUCUCUGCUGGACUGGGGAGUCCACACUGUACACUGGAAACUCUCAGGCUGAAUAGCUGUCAUCUGUCAGAGAAAUGCUGUGAAGCCCUGGCCUCAGUUCUCAGCUCCAACUCCUCUAGUCUGAAAGAGCUGGACCUGAGUACCAAUGAUCUGCAGGAUUCAGGAGUGAAGCUGCUCUCUGCUGGACUGGGGAGUCCACACUGUACACUGGAAACUCUCAGGCUCAAUGGCUGUCAUCUGUCAGAGAGAUGCUGUGAAGCUCUGGCCUCAGUUCUCAGCUCCAACUCCUGUAGUCUGAGAGAGCUGGAUCUGAGUACCAAUGAUCUGCAGGAUUCAGGAGUGAAGCUGCUCUCUGCUGGACUGGGGAGUCCACACUGUACACUGGAAACUCUCAGGCUCAAUGGCUGUCAUCUGUCAGAGGAAUGCUGUGAAGCUCUGGCCUCAGUUCUCAGCUCCAACUCCUCUAGUCUGAAAGAGCUGGAGCUGAGUACCAAUGAUCUGCAGGAUUCAGGAGUGAAGCUGCUCUCUGCUGGACUGGGGAGUCCACACUGUACACUGGAAACUCUCAGCUUGUCUGGCUGCCUGGUCACACAGGAAGGCUGUGCUUCUCUGGCCUCAGCUCUGAGCUCCAACCCCUCCCAUCUGAGAGUGCUGGACCUGAGCUACAAUCACCCAGGAGACUCUGGAGCUGCGCUGCUCUCUGCUGGACUGGAGGAUCCACGCUGGAGACUGGACACUCUCAGUGUGGAGCACGGUGGAGUGUUGAGGCUGAAACCAGCUCUAAAGAAGUAUGCCUGUGACCUCACACUGGACCCCAACACGGCCCACAGCCGACUCUCUCUGUCUGAGGACAACAGGAAGGUGACGCGGGUUGGAGAGGUCCAGUCGUAUCCGGAUCACCCAGACAGAUUUGACUGGUGGGAGCAGGUGUUGGGUAGAGAGGCUCUGACUGGCCGCUGUUACUGGGAGGUAGAGUGGGAAGGAGUGGUUUAUAUAGGAGUGACAUACAGAGGAAUCACAAGGAGAGGACGGGGUCGUGACAGCUGGCUUGGAGGGAACAACAAGUCCUGGAGUCUUCAAUGUUAUGUUGGUCGUUACUCUGCCCGGUACAACGGUACAGAGACAGUCCUCCCUCCUCCCCCCGCUGGCUCCACCAGAGUAGGAGUGUAUCUGGACCGGCCUGCUGGCUCUCUGUCCUUCUACAGAGUGUCCCCAGGUGGAGGAGGGUCCUCAGACACACUGACACACCUCCACACCUUCUGCUCCUCCUUCACCCAGGAGGACCUCCUCCCGGGGGUG